AUGCCGGACACGCCGGACAACACCAUCGCAGUUGCAAACUCCGAGGAUGGACGGACCACCUAUUAUCUAUGUCAAUCAGGUGAGGAACUUUAUGAAGAGAAAUACACCGGAGGUUUCGAGGUUCCUGUCGACCUCGGCGUUGCAAGGCUAGAGACAAAUGCUACUUAUCUCCUCGUCAACGAUACGAGAGCGGUCUACUGCCUGAGUGAGGGUGAUACUCUGAAAGACUUCGAGUUUGACCCCGAGACAUGGCAAUGGGAUGAAGGGAGACUGGAAGACCACGGCGUUACCGCAGCGCCAGAAACGCACAUUGAGGCCGUUGUCCGCGCCGGAACGCGUCGGGAGGUUUUCUUCCAGAAUCGUUCAGGACAGGUUGAGUCGGUUUUCUCCAGGGAUGGCCAGACAUGGGAAGUGUCAGGCGCAUUCCCAGCAACCUGCCCUACCAUCGGCGCCAGUCUCCGUUUCUUGCAGGCUGCAGAGCGCGAAUAUCUGUUCUACUCGCACGAGAGUAAUUCCAUUCAUGCUCUAGUAUUUGAUGGUGUGGCAUGGAAAGACGAAAGUAUCCCCGGGUCCGCUCAGAGCUUCCCCGUCAGCGAUAUCUACGCCGAAGCGGAGGGGACCGGUUAUCGCUUGCAAUUCAAUGAUCCCGACGGCAAUGUUUACCUCCUUGUUAAUGGGGAAGCCGUGAAGAUCGCGACGAUUGUGAACGGGGAGUUCAUAAGGGACAACGAUGCCCAGGCAGACCGUUUACUCCUCGAGAUAAAGGCUCCUCCCAAGGUCAAGGGAGCAAAAUGA